ACUUGUACGGUUUCGAGAAACGCUGCCCUGGUCUUAUCAAAAUAAGCAUCAAACAAUCCGCAAUAUGAAUGUGAAUGACAACGAGAAGGAUACCAAGGUAGAGAAAGAAAUCCCAACAGACUUGGCGAAAUGGGCACGGGCAUUCCGAGAAGAAAGCAAUACUGACGCACUCGAAGCUAAAUACGAUGAUUUUGCUGAACAAUAUGAUAAGAUAAAUGCCGCAUUGAAGGUCACUGGGCCUGUUUUGACUGCUGACGCCCUCACCCGGUUGGUAACGAAUCGAGAUGUGAGAAUACUAGACGUAGGCUGCGGCACUGGGCUUGUCGGUCAACAGCUCUACGAUAACGGAUACCGUGAUAUACAUGGAGUAGACAUGUCAGCUGGAUCAUUAAAGGUUCUUGAAAAGAAACAGAUUUACUCGAAGCUAGUAAAGGCUAGAUUUGAUCCUAGCACACCUCUCCAAUAUGCCGAUGGUUAUUUUGACGUGAUAAUAAGCGCUGGUGUUUUUGUACCGUGUCAUCUCACUCACGCCUGUCUUCCAGAGAUUAUUCGUCUUCUCAAAGCUGGAGGACAUAUUCUCAUCACCACGAGGAAAAACGUCUUUGAUGAGGAGAUGGCAGGCAUAAAGCUGAAAUCAUCCUUUGCCAGUCUGACCAAAGAUGGAGUACUCGAGAAGAUAUCACACGAGGAGAUCGGUUAUGCGACUGAGAACGAUGAAGUUACUCCAGGCUUGAUAUUAUCGUAUAAGGUCCUACAGCAAUGAAGGAAAUAUGAUAUGCAUGGGCGUCUGUUGCGGCACAAAUUGUCAAAGCUCAAAGCCGUAAGUGGCGUAACUUCAUAUCAAGCAUCAAGACACAGUAUGCAUACACACGAACAUACGGUCAAGGUCAUUUUAAGUAUGUGCGCGUGCGUGCGUGUUUGUGUGUUCGUGUGUAAUAUUUGUUCACUUUUACUGCAUAUAUCAUUGCCAUCUUAUUUUAAAUGCUUGAAUUAGUGCUGAAACGAAAACAUGUAUUUUUAUUUCAGUAGAUUACUCAGAAGGUAUUUUAAAGCAAAGUCUACAGUAUUCUCAUGAAAAUUGUAUGUAAAUUUCUUGUAUGUAGGUUUUCUUUUACCACAUCUUUAUUUACAGGUUGAAUUAUUUUAACUUGAAUCUUCUAUAUUUUCCUGAUUCCUGUAUUCUAGAACAUAUUCAUCUACUUUAUAUAUUCUAAAGUAUCUAAUUGUCCCUUAAUAUUCCAACAUAGUUUAAUGAAAAAAUGUUGUUGAACAGUUUUGAAUCGAGAUUUUACUCAAAACAUGUUUUCAACAUUAACAAAUUUUUGAAUUCCAGAAAUUCCAAAAGACGGAAAUUGGAGUAUCAUAAUAGCUGUAAAUUUUAAUAUUUGGUUUUAGCAGGUACCCUAACUUUGUGAUAAUCGGUUGCAUGUAAAAAUUUCAUCAUCAAAAAGAUCUCCUAAGAUCAACAAACCUGAAGCGAAUAAAAUUUCAAUCAGCAUUCUAUUA